CCAAAGGGAGGCGCGGCCAAAGAGGACAGGGAAAUAUGAAUUAUGAUCCACCCUCUGCAAACAACUCAGGGCAGACUGACCGAGGAAUCCUGGGGGAGCGCGAGAGAAUAACGGCACUUUUACUUUGAAACCCCGGGACACAAACAUGCGCUGGAAAAGUGAAAUAAAAGCAGACUGCUGCACCGUUAGCGAGGGCGAUAACGGAUCUCUGUUGUCCAACGAUGAGCUUCUCGUCAUGUGUGAAGACUGCAAAGGAGACGAAGAGCUGUUGGGCAAAUGCACUGAGGACAGGAGAGACAUAAUGGGCGCGCCGGUGGAAGUUUUGGAUGAAGAGGCGUCGGCACUGCAGGCGAUGGCUUCCGCACCUCUGUUAGGAAGAGCCGUGUGUGCGAGCUGCAACGAGGAAAUUGUGGACAAAUAUUUAUUAAAGGUUAACGACUUGUGCUGGCAUGUGCGCUGUCUCUCCUGCAGCGUGUGCCAGACUUCGCUUGGCAGCCACACGAGCUGUUACAUCAAAGACAAAGAGGUUUUCUGUAAACUGGAUUACUUUCGAUACGGCACCUGGUGCGCCUGCUGCGGCCGCAACAUCCACUCCACAGACUGGGUCCGCCGAGCGAAGGGAAACGUGUACCACCUGGCCUGCUUCGCCUGCUUCUCCUGUAAGAGGCAGCUGUCCACCGGGGAGGAGUUCGCUCUGGUGGAGGAGAAGGUGCUCUGCCGGGUCCACUACGACUGCAUGCUGGACAACCUGAAGCGGGCCGUAGAGAAAGGGAACAGUGUUAACAUGGAGGGGGCCGUGCCCACCGAACAGGAGCUUAACCAGCCUAAACCCUCCAAGAGAGCCCGGACCAGCUUCACUGCCGACCAGCUGCAGGUGAUGCAGGCCCAGUUUGCUCAGGACAACAACCCCGAUGCUCAAACGUUGCAGAAACUUGCGGAGCAGACGGGCCUCAGUCGAAGAGUCAUACAGGUGUGGUUCCAGAACUGCCGAGCACGCCACAAGAAGCACGUUAGCCCCAACCACACCUCCAGCACCCCCAUGACCUCACUGCAGCCCAGCCGCCUGUCCCAGCCCACCCCGACCCCCGAGGAGCUGCAGUACACAACCUACGGGGGCCCAGAGGGAUCAAUGCUCUCUGCACUGCACUCCUUCAUAGACAUACAUUCUCCUCCAUCCAUGUUUCAACCGCUGCUGCCUGCCCACGCCAUGACCUCUCUGCCCGUGUCUCACGCCUGAGCUGCUCUCUCUCUCUCUCUCUCACUCAUACACACACGCACACACACACAGCUGCCUCAGACUUCACUAGCGAUGGUUCGUUGCGAGCAGCCGCAGUAUUCACAUCUCCAUGGUAAAUAUAAUUUCAUUUUAAGUGAACAAUAAAACCUUUCCUUUCCUUUAUGUCGACAUCCUUUGAAAACACUUGAGUCACUGUUGAGUAUAUUAUGGAUGACCGUGAUUUACAGUCCUAAGUGUACUGUAGAAUGUGGAAAAGGAAAGGUUUCAGUGUACCUCAUAGAAUUGUUACAUAUGACAUUAUAGAUUUCUAUUUGUUUGUGUAGUUGGUGAUACAGUUUGAGCAUGCUUCUCUUAAGUGAAAGCCACCAGACGCAAAAUGUCAACUCAUUAUGAAGGCGAACUUGAAAUUGUUUGUGUUUGAAUAUUGCAAUUUAAUUUAUUUAUUGUGUGUGAAGUCUGUUUUCAAAAUAAAUGUUUACUUUCACAAACCUGUGAGAUGAAUGAA